GUACAAGACCUGUGAUUGGUCGAGGAUUUCAACGUCUGCGAUGAUUGGCUGCUUGACCCGACGAGAACCGGAUGUAAAACACCGAAAGGCUCUGCUAACACGAAAGGUCCUUUUUAUUGAAAUCAGUGGUCUACCUCAGUUGAGACCAUGUCAAACCGGGAUGGCUCAGCAGAAGAACCGUCUGGCCUGGACGGUUUACCUCCACUGUUCAGCAUCGCCAAGGGAGAAGUGGUUUCAGUGCAAACCUACGGGGCAUUUGUUCGACUGCCAGGAUACAAGAAGGAAGGUCUGGUACACGUGAGUGAAAUGUCAGCCACCCGUGUUGAGAAUGCCUCAGAAAUUGUGGAUGUGGGCGAACAGGUGUGGAUUAAAGUAAUUGGGAGAGAGAUUCAAGGUGACAAGGUGAAGCUGUCCUUCUCGAUGAAAUGUGUCAAUCAGGGAACGGGGCGGGACUUGGAUCCCAACAAUGUUAUGGCAGAGCAGGAUGCAAGACGACGAAGGCAGUUUAGAGACCAGACUAGCAACAGGAUCACACUGGAAGCUGUACUUAACACAACGUGUUCAAAGUGCGGCUGCAAGGGCCACUUUACCAAGGACUGUUUCUCUGCGCCGGGCCUGCAGUACGCGCUUGUGCCUGAAGAGGGCGAUGAUGAGCCACUGCGAGAAACCUCCACAGUCCCACCAAGGGAAGACUCAGAGAAAAAAAAGAAAAAGAAGGAAAAGAAAAUGAAGAAGAAGAAGAAGAGGGAGAGAAAGGAGUCGGGGAGCGUCAGCGACAGCAGCAGCAGCGGCGAGUGUAAAUCCAAGAGGAGGCGCCAUGACCACAGUCAUGACAGAGAAGACAAGAAGAAGAAGAGACACAAAAAGCAUAAAUCUCACAAACACAGCUGAGACGGCCAGACACACACAGAUUCAGUCAGACACACUGCAGCUACUAGACUGGAGCAAAAAGGGGAAGUGGGUAGGAAUAGACGGCAUGACAGACUUCCAGCUGAUAACAGCUUAUUAUAGAAACUCGUUCUUUUAUUUAAUUAUCUUCUUCAUAUAUGACUAUUGCCUGCUAAUGUACACUCACUAAGUAAACUACAAGUGAAACUGAGGCCCGACAGACUUGACAAUAUUUGACAAUAGAAACUGAGCAAAUCAUUUUAUAAAAGUCUUAAAAAUCCAAAACCAUAACCUAUCUGAAGAAAUACCCUUAUUAAGGGCUGUUGCAUUAAGAAUCUGUUCAUUUAAAUCGUGUUUUGCUCACUAUUUCUCUCCACAUUAUCUGAAGCAACUCAAAAUUUACAAAGAAAAACCCCACCUGAAGUCCCGAGGGGAGGAGUCUACACAUCACACGUAAUCAUAUAGACGUAAGCAAUAUGGCGCCAAGGGGCUCUUCCUUUUUGAAUUCCCAAGUUGUGCACAGCUAUCCGGUUUCUGAUGAUUUCGGGAAUCCAUUGAGCAGACGAGACCUUGUAAAGCCGACCCCAUUGAUGCAGAAUCCUUGAAAUCACACGCACCAUUGAAUAGAAACGCGUGCAGGAAAUAGUAGAGACAAACAGGAAGUGUAACAAGUGAGCGUAGCAGGAAGCCCAUAAUGUGGUGAUAUGAGCAUAAUCUGUGUUUACGUUUGUGUUUCCAAGGGACACCCCUCGGUGCACGCAAGGCUCUUCCUGCAUGUGGCCUGUUAACACCAUUAAAGCUGUUUUUAUUUGUAAGGGUA